AUGCAAAAAAGCACUCUCGCACUACCCAAGGAAGGUGCUGCAGAGGUUCUGCAAUCGGGCGAUGACAUCCCCUGGCACUUUGCCGCCAAUGUUCUGGACUAUGCAAGGAUAAUGAAAGGCACUACCGGAUACAUGGAAGAGCAGUAUGACCAAGAAGUGGAGGAUAUAACCAAGCAGGAGAAAGAAGACGAACUGAUGUUUCACGAAGAUAACGAAUGGACACAGAAAGCCAUCAGGGCAGUCCAUGCGGCGAAGGAGAAGCUGAAGGAGCUUGAUGCCGCUCAGACGACGGCACUUGCAGCCUCCUCCGGUGCCGGAUCCGGCCGCGCUAAGAAGCGUGACGAGGACCUGGAUUUCUUUUUCUACUCUGCCCCUCCGCACCUUUAUCUAAAUCCCUUGGAUAUCAGGAUCCUAAAGACCCAAUUUGGGUCUUUCUCCGAAUUCCCAACAACGCUUCUUCCAAGGGUUGAGCAUAUAUCCACAGGCAAUGCUGUGGACGAUGUCAUGCGGAAACGCGCAAAGUACUUGGGUCAUCUACCCCGGGGAUGUCUCAUCAGCUUCCUUGAAUGCGACUGGACUGACAUCGUUACCCCUGAGGUUCUCGAGACCUUCAAAGAGGAUAUCGAGCGCCGGCGCAAGAAGAAUAAGGACAAAAUUGUUCAGGAGGAGCGCGAGCGCUUGCAGGCGGAGCGACUGGAAGCCGAACAAAUUCGUGAUGCCAGGCGUCAAGCCGGCCCAUUAGCGGAAGAAGGGACCAUUCGGUAUGGUAAUGCCGAUGCGGAUCGGCCCCCGGUGAACAUGGAUGACUUCAUUCCCCUUGGCGCGGAGGCACCAAGUACAACACCACCUAACCCAAGGGCUGGAUUUGGGACUCUGUCAGAGAUGAGUACUAGCCCGGGCGCACAAAGGACAGUCUGGGGUACGCCAGCUAUCCAUGGGGAAGAGCCCGACUACAUGGCGCCCAGGAAUCCGGUUGACGAUGGCUGGUUGAAGGAUGAUGAUGUUCUAGACAGCUUGGGCGCGCAGGAUAUUGCGUUCCAGAUGGAGGCAAUGGGACUUGAGAAUGGUGCUGGUAGCAGCAGUGCUGCCGCUGCCAGUGCUGCUGCUGCUUCCGCGGUGGGCGGUGCUAAGGCUGGCGGUGGCGCCAGAGGUGGAAAGAAGAAGAAACAGAAGAUCACAUUGAUGAGCACCGGAGGUAGGAGGGGCAUUUAG